UGCCUGGCAGGAGCCCACACUGCUUCUGCAACACCAAGAACGACGUGUGUGGAAGAUGGUCGAAAAAAUAUUCCUCCCUUGUAAGACAGAUAUCUGCCGCAAUCGGUGAACGCAGAACCCUCAGGGAUGAUUUCACCCCACGGACUGAUUCUGCACCCCGGCGCUUCCUCGGUGUGAGUGGACAGAGAACCAGAAAAACCAUUUCGCAACCUAUUUUGCAUGCAGUCUGCCUACAGGGCGCAUGAAGUCUGGGAUGUAUUUUUUCACCCUGCUAAGUUCUCCAGCCUUCGCAAUGUGCACACUUCUAGUUUGUAUCUAAAGGGCGUGUCGCCUUUUCCUUCUGUCUGAGGAGCGCUGGUUUUCGGCUCUACCCAUUUGUCUGCAGAAUGUUUUGAGCGCCAAAGGGGGGCUGAUCGGAGCGCCUGGUGUCGUCUGGAGGGGGGGUUUCUGUAGCUACUGCGCAGACAAGCGGCGGACAGCCUCUGCGCUACCUUCUCCACCACAACAAAACACGGGAUAAGAGGAAGAACGAAGGCGGGAGGGAAGCGCAGGACUGGAGUGGACAUCUGGACACAUACGGCAUUAAAAUGACGAUGUCUGUCCCGGAGAGGAAAUCAGGAUCGGAGGGGAAGGAGGAGGAGAGCGAGGAUGAGAGUGAGAUCCUGGAGGAGAGCCCGUGUGGUCGCUGGCAGAAACGGAAAGAGCAGGUCAGCCAAGGUAAUGUCCCAGGUGUGGAGAGUGCCUCUUUGGCCAUGGACACAGAGGAGGGGGUGGAAGUGGUGUGGAACGAAGUACUUUUCUCUGACAAGAAGGUCUUCAAAGCACAGGAGGAGAAGAUCAAGGAGAUGUUUGAGAACUUGAUGCAGGUCGAACACCCCAACAUUGUCAAGUUCCACAAGUACUGGUUAGACAUGAAGGAAAGUCAGGCUCGGGUUAUAUUCAUCACUGAAUACAUGUCAUCAGGCAGCCUCAAGCAGUUCCUGAAGAAGACUAAGAAGAACCACAAGACUAUGAAUGUGAAGGCCUGGAAGAGAUGGUGUACUCAGAUUCUUUCUGCUCUCAGUUAUCUGCACUCCUGCGAUCCACCAAUAAUCCAUGGCAACCUGACCUGCGACACCAUCUUUAUCCAGCAUAACGGCCUCAUAAAGAUUGGCUCAGUGUGGCACCGGCUGUUUGUGAAUGUUUUUCCAGAUGCCAGUGUUCAUGGUAAAGGGAGGCAACACCGGGAUGAACAAAGAAAUCUUCAUUUUUUUGCUCCAGAAUAUGGAGCUGGCGAUGAUGAUUACUCCAUAGACAUUUUCUCCUUUGGCAUCUGUGCUUUAGAAAUGGCAGUACUGGAGAUCCAGGCCAAUGGAGAUACUGCAGUGUCCAAGGAGGCCAUCGUCAAUGCAGGUCAAUCUCUGGAAGACCCUCUCAUGAGAGAAUUCACACAGUCUUGUUUGCGUCACGACGCCAAGCUCCGUCCUACAGCUCACGACCUUCUGUUCCACCGAGUCUUGUUUGAAGUCCACUCCCUCAAACUGCUUGCCGCCCACUGCUUAAUCAGCAACCAGUACUUGCUUCCAGAGAACUGCGUGGAAGAGAAAACCAAGUCAUUUGACCCGAACGCUGUCAUGGCAGAGAUUAAACAUGAUGACAGACAGGGAGUUCAGCUCAAGUAUUCCCACGUUUCCCCUUUGGAACUAGACAAAUUUCUGGAAGAUGUCAAGAAUGGGAUUUACCCACUGAUGAACUUUGCCUCAUCCCGGCCUCACCCCGUCCCUCGAGCUCUCUCUUUGUCUCAGGAGCAGGUCGAGACGGUGAAGACGCCGACUCCUGAACCCCAGGAGACGGAGACGAGGAAGGUUGUUCAGAUACAAUGUAACCUGGAGUCAAAUGAAGAAGGGACCAAAACUCAUCUCUCUUUGUUUCUGAAGAUGGAUGACAAACUUCAUAGACAGCUUAGCUGUGACAUCUUGCCAACGGACACCCCUAAAGACCUUGCCAGUGAACUUGUGCACUAUGCCUUCAUAAAUGAGGAGGACAGUGAGAAGGUGGCAGGUUACCUGGAGGAUGCUAUAAGCCGACACUGGGUCCGAACGCUCGCCUCUGGGAGCGCACAGUGAGGAGGGAUCACAACAGUGGCUGGCCCGGACAGAGGGGCCUGGGGCAUUGACCACCUAGGUGGAGAAAAGAGGGCAGCGGGCAGAGUCACACAGCCGCGGGGAACAGAGGACCCAGCUGAGGAGGCAAAAUGGGACAAAUACAGAUACUGAGCCUUGACAGACAGUGAAUUAUCUCAGUGAGAUGGAGGAAAAUCGCCAGCAGUCAGAGAAAAAAACAGAAGGCACCUCUGGUUAGAUGAUUAGAGGCAUUGUGGUUGAGUUCAGCGACCCCAGAGAUUGACAAAAUCCCUGCCUAAAAGGGCUAUCAUGCCUUAAUAUGUGAUAACAACUUAAGUUUUCCAUAAUACCACUAUUGAGAACAGACGUGUAUUACUUGCAGAUGCAGCAGCUAUCUUUUCACAGGGACAUUUAAUUGUUUGAGUUAUUUACAUUGAAUUGUAAACCAUGACUUUCUGAAACCUUAUUCUCUUACAAGCCUUCAGUUUAUCUGCGUUUUAGGAAUUUAAUGUUCCGUCCUACAUGCACUGUUAAUAUUCAUUCAUAUUACUUAUUCAUUUCUGUUUGCAACUGUGAACAAUAGCAACAUUGCACAAGUCUCCUUUUUCCUUUAUGUUUUUGAGCUACUAAAUAACACCCUCACUGUACUCCUGGGUUAAAGGCGAUUCUUCUCUUUUAGCCUGCAGUGCUCUUAAAGGGGUUUCCCUGUGAAAGCAUUAUGAAAGCCAAAGACUUGCAAAGUGCCUGAUUUGGCAAUGUGCUUUGGAACAAAAUCUCCCCAUGUAACAGCAUUGCACCCAACUUUCACAAUUGAACCAACUUAUUCAGGUUUA